AUGGUGGGCCUGAAGCCCCCCGAGGUGCCCCCGACAGCCGCCGUGAAGUUCGUCAGCGCGGGGAUGGCCGGCUGCAUCGCCGACCUCUGCACCUUCCCCCUGGACACCGCCAAAGUGCGGCUGCAGAUCCAAGGCGAGGUGCGGAUCCCCCGGAGCACCGGCACCGUGGAAUACCGGGGCGUUUUGGGGACGCUGAGCACCAUGGUGCGGACAGAGGGACCCCGCAGCCUCUACAGCGGGCUGGCGGCCGGGCUGCAGCGGCAGAUGAGCUUCGCCUCCAUCCGCAUCGGGCUGUACGACUCGGUGAAGCAGCUCUACACCCCCAAGGGUGCCGAGAGCACAGGGCUGGCAGCGCGGGUGUUGGCGGGCUGCACCACCGGGGCAGUGGCGGUGACGUGCGCCCAACCCACCGACGUGGUCAAGGUUCGGUUCCAAGCCAACGGGGCGCUGGCGGACGGCGCCCGUCGGUACAGCGGCACCGUAGAUGCCUACCGCACCAUCGCCAGGGAGGAGGGCGUCCGUGGGCUGUGGAGAGGGACGCUGCCCAACAUCGCCCGCAACGCCAUCAUCAACUGCGGAGAGCUCGUCACCUAUGACCUCAUCAAGGACACGCUGCUGCGGGCACAGCUGAUGACAGACAACGUCCCCUGCCACUUCGUAGCCGCCUUUGGCGCCGGCUUCUGCGCCACGGUGGUAGCGUCGCCGGUGGACGUGGUGAAGACGCGGUACAUGAACGCCGGCCCCGGGCAGUACCGGAACGUGCUCAGCUGCCUCCUGGCCCUGCUGAUGCAGGACGGCCUCGCCGGCUUCUACAAGGGGUUCGUCCCCUCCUUCCUGCGGCUGGGCUCCUGGAACGUGGUGAUGUUCGUCUCCUACGAGCAGCUGCAGCGCGCCGUGGCGCUGGCCCAGUCCUGA